GGAGAGAAGAGACGGUGAAUUCUGUUCCAGCAGAUGAUCAAAAGUUUAUCCUGUCGUUCUGCAGCCCGUCAAUAGCGUGACGCGUGGGCUAGGUAGGUCGAUCGUUUCAAGACUAGGCGAUCCGUUGUCAAGACAUUUUCCUCAUGAACCCAUGUUUCGACCGUCUCAGAGAUCGCGAUCCCAAGGUAACAAGGCUCAACUAACAAAACAAACAUUCUUUUGUUUCAAUUAAACUGAUUACUUAUUAUGCUGAUGAGACUUCACGGAGCAUGUCUUCCGUGCAAUCGGCGCCAUCAGAUGCAAGAUGGGAUGUUGUCAGUUGGGCACCGCAUUUGUCUCCCCGUUCCUUGUUUUCCAUUCCCCUUCUUUCUCCUCGUGGUUCUCCAUUGGUCUACCCUAGCUGAUUCUGGUGUUCUUGUACACACCCGUGGCAGCUCCCUCUUCAAAGAAACCCUAGCAUCCAAACCAUACUGGGCUAUUUACAUGCCUUUUUCCAUGCCAAGGUCGCCCAGGCAUUGUGCUGCAGUCUCCUCCUAUAGUGCCACGGCACGGUGCAGCAGAAUGGGGGAAGACGUACCAUGCUUAGCCGUUGGCAAAGCCAGAGCCAGUUAAUCAAUUAACAAGCGUUGAACGUAAAUGACUGAUUAGCCAAGGCAGGUCCAGUUCCUGGCACUUGGUAGCCAGAAUUACGAUCCGUCUACGCUUUUAUCACAUCAGAGCAUCGCUGGGCACUUGCUAGCUGCGAUGGGAAGAGUCUCGAGGCUGAAGCAUCGACAGGGGUGAGCAUCGCAACACAAUCGGAGCUCGUCCUUUCGAAGCCAAAUUGGUGAUCCAGACGGGCGGGUCCAUCCACAGGGAAUCGAGCGGCUGCUGCACCAGGGCAGGGCCGCCAAGGCACAUGGAUAAAGAAAAAAAGGAAGGGAAAAUGAAAUACCUACCUUACCUAGUAAAUUAGAGGAUGGAUCUGUCGGGGAGCCAACAAAGAUCUGAUUGACAGUCGAGAACGGUGGAUACCGUAUCUCACGACGCAAAUGAUAACUAAUCCCUAAUACCCAGCGAGUCAGAUUCAGAAGUGCCAGGCGGAGAAAAGAGAGAAUGUGCGAUACUCAUCACCCAUGACGAGGUUUCGAGCUCAGAUCUUGGUUCCUUUAUUAGCGCCCGAGAAGUCUCGGAUGGCCGUGAAUUCGAUUUGUAUCGUCCAGGUGCCGAUGUCUGACAUUGGCUCAUUCUUG